CAACACGGAUGUAGAACGGGGAGAGCAAGUAAAAAAAUAAAUAUAUAUAUGUAUAUAUAUAUAUUACAUUCCUUCUUCGUGGACGAAUUAUAGUUAGGCGAAUAAAACCAGAGAUUAAGAGGUUAUUUUGACAAUAAUAAUACCACUACUACAAGUCUACAAAAAUGUAUAAAUUACAGUCUUUGAAUUCGUUUCUUUCUGAGUGUUUAACGGCGGCGGCAGUGGAGAUUUUGGGGGCAAUUGAGAAAGUAGUAGCUGAGUACCAGGAGGAGAUAUCCCGAUCUAAAGAGGAGAUUGAUAGUCUACGGAGACAGCUAAGGAUUACACCGGAGAAAAAACUAUAUAGAACAGACUCCCAGCAGCUCUCUCUCCCUGUCUCUGAAGAGGUUCCCCUUGAGCAACAACACUGUGAGCAGGAGUGGUGCCCCACUCGUGGACAGGAGGAACCAGGGCCGUCACAGAUUAAAGAGGAACAGGAGGAACUGAGGACCAGCCAGGAGGAAGAGCUGGAGGGUAAUACCAUAGAGUUUAUAUUUAGUGGUCCCUGUGUGAAAAGGGAAUGGGAUCAUGAGGGCUUAAGCCGCAGCUCAAUUGUAAUUAGUGACCAAGUAAAUAGACCACCAUUGGAUCCCACACCACCAUUGGGGGCACACUGUUCUGAACUCAGCACCAUGUCUAAAAAAUCUCACUACUGCGGCAAAGUAUUUCCACUGAAAGCUGACCUUCAGAGGCAUGUGACUCUCGCCAGGGAGAGACCCAUUGAAUGCCCCUACAAUGCCACAUGUAAACUGAAGGCCCAUGUCCCACUCUGUCACAGUGGGAAACCCUGCCCUGUUUGUGGCAAGACCUUUAAAAACAAAGACCAUCUAUCCCAGCACAUGAGGAUUCAUACACGGGACAGGCCAUUUAGCUGUGGUGACUGCGGAAAAAGUUUCUAUAGCAAGGGGCUGCUGAACGUGCAUAUACAGACUCAUAAAGGAGAGAAACCAUUCAUCUGUGGAUACUGCGGGAAAAGCUUCUAUCAGAAGGGGAAUCUAAACCAACAUUUACGGACUCACACAGGAGAGAAACCUUUUAGCUGUGGUAACUGUGGAAAAAACUUCAGUCGAAAAACACACCUGAACAGGCAUAUCCUGACUCACACAGGUGAGAAACAGUAUGGCUGUUCUGUGUGUGGUAGAAGAUUCGCUGAGAAUGCUGACCUGCUGAAGCAUGUGGAUAAAGUACACAAAUAACAAAACCAGGAUCAAAACCGAAUGGAGAAGACAAUCAGAACACAGACAUCUAUCACAAGUUGGGAAUUGAAACGCAGGAUGUGGACAACACCACACUGGAUCAUUCAUGCUGUAGGUUUCAAAUGAAUAGACCUACCCUGUUGAAACAUUAGCCAAUUAACAAUUAAGUUGUUUGUUUUGGAAUGUCUCAGGGUGAAAAGAGAAUUUUCAGACUGUUUAUACAUUAAAACUUUGAACUUUCCAGAAAAUGGUAUCCUUGAAUUUGAGUAUUUAUCUUGACCCAAUGGUCCAUUCUGUCCUAAUGCUACUCAGCCAUGAUAUUGUAGCGAUAUAUUGUAGUUGGAAUAGUUUUGCGGUGAAACUGCCAUGUCCGUUGGUGAUAUUACAACAGAUGUUACUUCAAUGACUAACACUGCUUAAUCUUUUCUCGGACAUCGUUGCACACUUGAUAGAACAGCAGAGUACGUACCGCGAUUUUAAAUAAAUAAAUGAACAAAACGAUAACAAAUGCACCUGGAGCAACCAGUGGCGCUGUUUCACCUUUCGCGGAUCUCAGCUUUAACCCAACACCUAGCAACCUUGUCACGCGAUUGGAACCUCUUGGCGUAACAGUUAAGGUGUUGGCUUGACAGUCGCUAGACCCCAGUUCGAGUAUCAUUGUGUAGCAAAGGCUCUGUCCCUUUAACUGUACAUUCCUGUGUGUGCACCUCCUGAGAGCACCUAAAACUGGUUCCCUUGUUAAAUACCUGGUUCUAUUUAUUAUGUCUUGUAAUGGAAACUGUUUACCAUUUUAAGAACCAAACAGAGCAAAUGGAACAAAACGGGGAGGGACCUAUCUAAAUGUGUCCAAUAAACUCUUGUUUUUGUUGCAAAAUGUUUUCAGUUUGUAGUAAACGGUCUGUUGCAAAACGUUUUGCAACAGAAUCGGUUUAAUGAAUACACCCCUGGGUUUCUUUGUCUUUUGGUUCAGUGGCAAAGGAAUGUUGCCACUGAGGAUAUUGUUUCGAUAUGCAUUGAAAUGAUCUAAUCAUAAAAUUAUGGUGGAUAUAUUUUGUAAAUGUUUUGGAGUUAAUUAUGGUUUAAGAAGUAUGAGAAUUAUGACUAAUAGGUUUUAUAUAAUGAUGAUGAAUCUCACUGCAAUUAUGUAAUGUUGAAGUCAUUAUCAUGAUUAUUCUGGUUUGGAUGCUGGUUCUGAAAUGUGUUGGAAAUAAUGAUGUUUAUGACAAAAAAAAAAAUCUUAUGAUAUUAAUAUAUGAUAAUGUGAACUCCUUUAUGAAAUUAUUUUAAAUAUGCUAAUACACAUUUUUUGGGUUUAUAUUUAGCAGAUAAAUC